UAUGUAAAAUACAUACGGAUAUAUCAAUUAUUGGCCGUCAAUUGCAAUUGCAAGUCUCUAUACUGUAUAUCAUUAGAGUCAUUGCUGGAAGAACCUAGCUACCACAAUACUGUUGCAAUAUUUGGCUGUUGAUACAGACAACAAUCAACAGGGAUGAGUGUCAGUCUAUCAGAAGUGUAUGAGUGUAUAAAGAUGGGGCGGGAGAAUGCCCUGCUGGGGAAUUAUGACACAUCCCUGGUGUACUAUCAGGGCCUCCAGCAGCAGAUACAGCGCCUCAUAUCCUCCAUCAAGGACCCAGCGAGAAAGAGAAAGUGGAUAGAGGCUAGAGACCUGAUAAACCAAGAAUAUGAACAAGUCAAAGAAAUUAACGAGACUCUUGCCAGUUUCCGGUCUAACAACCCAAGAGCUUUCAAUGCAAAUGCAGACCAAGAUUUUGGCAGUCCUUUUGGUGACUACGCUCGACAUGAAGAACCUACUCGGGAUCCAGACGUAUGGCCUCCACCAACACCUGUAGAACACAGACCUUCCCCUAAUAUACGAGGAGGGGUAAGACCUGGUCCAAGAAAAGCUGAACCUGUGAGGAGUAGGAACCAACCAGCCCCAAGUAAGGGGGCUCCUGGAGGUGAUCGAAGGAGAGCUGCUCCAGGUUAUGGCAAUGUGGAUCGGGGCAGAGAAAAGCCUGGUGAAAAAGGGAAAGAAAAGAAAAAAUCUGACGAUGGAGAAAAGAAAUUUGACGGAAUGGGUUAUGAUAAAGAUUUGGUGGAGGGACUUGAGCGUGACAUUGUACAGAAGAACCCCAAUAUCCGAUGGGACCAGGUGGCAGAUUUGGUUGAAGCAAAGAAACUCUUACAGGAAGCUGUGGUACUACCUCUCAUCAUUCCCGACUUUUUCAAGGGUAUCCGUCGACCGUGGAGGGGUGUGUUAAUGGUUGGUCCCCCGGGAACGGGCAAGACCAUGCUGGCCAAGGCUGUAGCGACUGAGUGUGGCACAACCUUCUUUAAUGUGUCAUCUGCCACCCUUACUUCGAAAUACAGGGGCGAGUCGGAGAAGUUAGUCAAGCUUCUCUUCGAGAUGGCUCGCUUUUAUGCACCAAGCACAAUAUUUAUAGAUGAAAUAGAUUCAAUAUGCUCCAAGCGUGGGUCUGACUCGGAACAUGAGGCCAGUCGGAGAGUGAAGGCAGAAUUACUUGUCCAAAUGGAUGGUGUGGCAGGAACAGGUGGAGAUGACGGAGAGCCCAAAAUUGUGAUGGUGCUGGCAGCCACCAACUUUCCCUGGGACCUUGAUGAGGCAUUGAGGAGGAGACUGGAAAAGAGAAUCUACAUACCUCUACCCACAGCUGAAGGUCGUGAGGAGCUGUUAAAGAUUAACUUACGGGAAGUAGAGCUGGCCAAGGAUGUAAAUCUGACAGCAGUUGCACAAGAGUUGGAUGGGUACUCCGGGGCUGACAUCACCAAUGUUUGCAGAGAUGCAGCGAUGAUGUCAUUCAGACGUCGAAUCACAGGCUUGACCCCCGAGGAGGUGCGUAACAUUCCCAAGGAGGAACUACAGAUGCCCCCUACAAUGGAGGACUUCAAGGCGGCAAUAAAGAAAGUCAACAAGAGUGUUUCACGGGCUGAUCUUGAAAAAUAUCAAAACUGGAUGAAUGAAUUUGGCUCAGUAUGAGCAAAUAAUGCGGGAAUGCCGAAAAAAAUCGGGACUCAGGAAAACUAUUUGUGAUGAAUAAGGUAUUCAUGUUUUUUUUGAUUGAUUGAAAAUGUGAAAGUCGAAAAGUUGUUCCUGAGGAUUGUUAUCAAGAUUCACAAAAAAAACUGUGCAUGGUUUGUUUUCAAGUGCUGAACAACACCUGUCCGAGAACUACUCCUUAUCACAUUUGUACAAGUGAAAUAUUGAAAAAUAUUCAUUCUAGAAAAGUGAAAAAUAUCACUUUUUCUGACUUGACCAAUCAAAACACUGCUUACAAACAACAAUGGGUAAACUUAAAAGCUUAUUCGGUAUAUCUUGCCAUCAAAAUGUCUUAACAGUAUCUUCAUUAAUACCAAAUAUAUUUUACUCGUGUGGCUAAUAUUUUGAUAUUUUUCAAUUGGCCCCACUCUUGAAAUAUAUUUGGUAUUUAUACCGAAGAAACUGUAUGUCAUACAAUUCAAGGCUUUUAAACGAGAAGGAAAGCAAUAAUAGCAGAAAAAUACAGGUAGAAAUAUCGAUGAACAAUUUAUGAACAAUUUACUCUGUGAUAACUGUCAAAACUUGGAACAUGUGUAUAGCAAUAGAGAUUUAUGUGUUAUGAAAUAUUUAAAUCGUCUUGUGUGAAGUCGUGUGCCUGAAAUGUCAAAAGUGCUUUCUGUUAUUGCAUGACCAAUGUUAACUGAUAAAUGUUCAUUCAGUGAAAAUUUAAACAAAUGACUAUAGUGUAUCACAAGACUAGUGAAACAAAUGUGAAUAUUGAUGGACACUAAAUCACUAAUGUGAUAUUUAUACCUUGUAACUUACUGAAUUGUUCGUUUUGCUAGAUUAUUGCACAUAGAUCAUUGGUUUUCCACUUAAAAUUGUGCUUGACAUUUUUUUUUUUAUUUUUAUUUCAUUUGUUAAAUAAAUAUACAACAUUUUGUUUUUUUACAGCACUAAAGAAUUCCCAAAGUUUGGUAGAUAAGCCCAAAUAACACAUGCUCAAAGCAAAACAAGGAUAAGUUGAGAAAUCCUUGUUCAAUUCUUACUGGGCAAGAAAUAAGAUGUGAUAGUUAUGUGGAAACUCAAAAAAUGAAUAAGAGAAUAUUAACCAUAUUCAUGUCCAGUGGUGAUGCUGGUGAACAGCAAAUGUAGGCAAGAUGCCAAAUGCCAAUUUAAUGUUCUCUUUUUUUUUUAUUGUGUCCUGUAACCAAUGGGUACUCUUGUCUUUCUAUUAAUACUUCUGCUCAUCAGCAUUGGUUUCAGAUCUGUUUAAUUUGCUAUAUUUUUCACCAUGUGUCUCUGUAUACUCUAUUUAUAUGUAAAUUCUUACCAUUUCAAUUAUGUAUUUACAUUGAUCAUUAUUCAUACAUAAAGUGGUGAUAUCUUC